AUGACCAUCCCCAUCUCCACAAUAGCCACUUUCCGAACGGCUUACAACCCCUUCUCCCGCGCCUCAAGGCCCUGUCGCCUCUUCCUUGGCAUGCUCCGGACUCCCAACACAAUUCCAGCUAGCAGCCCAACCCACAUCGACAUCCAGGUGAAGCAAUUGCCGCGCGACUCGACCGAGUCGCCGACCAUGACUAUCGGAUUCAAGGGCGGGAAAGAAUUAGUGCUGGACGUUGGGAAGCGUGGGUUGAAAAUCGGCGAUGUCAUCGAAGAGGUUUCCCGUGUGGGCAGAGCUUUGCAGCGAGAGGCUAGCCUGAAGAACUAG